AUGAAUCGAUCUUUGAAGCAGAGCUCCAAGGCAAAUUCAUCGGCAAGUAGCUCUCGGGUCAAUCUGCCGACUCUUGGAGGCCUCCAUCCAGGAAAUGCCUCGGUCUCGCGCUCGGUCGCCCAAGAUAUCGGCUCCGCUUCUCUCCAGGUUGAAAGUACCGAUGAAAUAGUCUCGAGUUCGACAGACCGCAUUCUGCCUCGGUUAUCAGAUGCCAAGCGUCCAAGGAGCCCGUCGCAGACGACCUAUGACCCCAGGGGCUUGCACAGUGCAUCUCGAAGCGAGCUUAAGCCUCCCUUGUCGCAUCCCAGCAGGGUCAGCAGGUCGCGGCUCGGGCUGUCGUCCAAGUCUCCAUCCAAUAUCAGCUUUGUUGGCAGCGCAGCAUUGGAUCUCGAGAAAGAGCUCGACAAGAAGCUCUUUGCGCCAUCACACAAGAAAUUGGCAGCCGAUGCCUCCACCACAAGUCUAUCGGAUGGGCCGGAGACGGACCUGAAUCUGAAGCCGGAGCUGAUUAUUAGGCUCCUGGAGGAUCCAAAAGUAACCCAGGCGACUCUGAGCGAGGAUGGCGGUGAUCCCGGCUCAUCUGCAGUGUCGGGGCCGGAGCAGCAGCACGCUUGGAGCCAAGUCGAACCAGCGGCAGCAAAUGGAGAUCCCACGAUGCAAACAAGUACUGGAACCGAGGCCGGCGUGUCCGAGCCUGACCCAGUGGCUGUUAUCCAGUCGAAUGCGAGCACACUUCCACAAACAGAGAAGCCAGGCCUUGAUGCGACCAACCUCGAGACCAACCUCGAGACCAACCUCGAGACCAACCUCGAGACCAACCGAUGGUACCGGAGUAGCAUUGCUCUCGCUCAGGAAGUCACACAAGCCGACACUGCGAUGGAUGUGCCGGUCAUAAACGUAGACCGAGCCCCCGACCUCGAUAAAAGUCAACCGUCCGAGGAAGAUCAACAAGCGGACCUUGAUGACAUUCGAUGGCAGCAGUCUCGCUCCCAGAGCGUCGUUGCGGUACCGUCUCGGUCUCAAAGUGUAGUUUCUAUGCCGUCUCGCUCUCAGAGCGUUGUCUCCAUGCGUCGAUCGCCCUCGGCAGUAACGUUUGUGACAGCGGUGGCGGUCUCGCGGAAGCAGGCUAUUCCUGAUCACUACAUACCUCCAGGGAUCAUGGCACCCGAAGUAGAGAAGAUUGAAUCGAUCGAGCGAAAUCUAGAGCACGAAAUCCUGUCAAAGACACGAGAGUGCUUCGAGCUUCGUCUUGACAUCGAGGCUCUGCAGAAGGAACAGAGCAUGCUGAUGAACCACACCGAUCAUAUGCUCAAGCUGAUACCAGAGGUUAUCACCGAGACAUCCCAGCUGGCGCGCGAGCUCAUCAUCCUGAAUGCCCCCAAUAUGAAAGCCCAGCUGGACGAACUCCGGUCAAUAUCGGAGCGGUUUCAGCCCGGCUUGUAUGACCAACUGGUGGUGCCGCACAGCACCAUGGGAUUGGGGCAGUUGUCUCGCCAGAGCAUCAAUGUGCUGGGAAACAAUCCAUCUGCGUCUGUCCUGGAUGCUCGGGGUCUCGCUACUUCAUCCAGCCUGAGCAGACAUGGCUCGCGGUCUUCCACAGCAGGGGCGUCCGCAAAGCAUCGCGAUGCCGGCUCUGCGCAUUUGUUCCAGGGCCGAGACAGCCACACACGGAGUGGAAAUCUCCUGGGCAUCCAGGGAUCACAGGCGUCGAAUAUGAACCUCCUGGCGCCGAUAUCAUCGUAUCCGACCGAGGACCAUGGUAUAUACGGUAAACGGAGGAAUGUAUAUCUUGGAAUUGACAAGUGA